AUGCAAAAUGUUUCGGGAAACGUUCUAAAGGGAAGAAUAACAAUUUGGAGAAAUAAUUACUACAAAGAGAUAGAAUCCCUCUUUUGGACUGCCGAGGACUACAACUUUGAUAAGGACAAGAAGUUCCUGGAGAGCAUUGACAAGAGCAUGCUCGUGAAGCUGUUCGAGCUGAUAUGCUUCUACAGCUUAAAGUGAAUGCUGGACAUAAUUCAGAUCCCGGAAGGACGCGCCUUUUACGGAUUCCAAAUGUGCAUGGAAAAUAUUCACGACGAAGUGUACGCAUGCAUCUUCGAAACGUAUAUUCCAGACUCCAAGCAGAAACGGGUCAUCAUCAAUAAAGUCAUACAGCUAGACAGUGUGUUGAAGAAACAAAAAUGGCUAACAGAAUUGUUCGAAACAAAUAUCCCCUUUUACAACAAACUCGUCCUUAUCUACAUAUCUAAAGUUCUUUUCAACGGUACGUUAAAUAUCCUGAUUGGAUACUGUAAAGAGAAUUCCAUCCUUCCUUGUUUGUGUAAUGUGCAUGAGAAGAUUCACCGGGAUGAAUACCUACAUGGAGACUUCUCCGUUAUGUGUUGUAACCAUUUGAACAACAAAUUAAAAUAUGAGAGCCUUUUGGAAUACUUCAAAAUGGCUGUGGAGCUGGAGUACCAGUUUUCCUUAGAGAUGCUGGAGCUGUCCGUUUUGAAAAUAAAAAAGCAGCAGGUGAAGUCUUUUCUGGAGUACCUAGCGGAUACCAUGCUGGUCAAUUUGAAGCACCCCAAGUAUUUUAAUUCCAAGUACCCCUUCACCUGGCCUGAGUUUAAUAAGAUCGUGGUGAGCGAGAACCAGAAGGCGGAAUCGGUCAAGAAGACGGAGGAUAUUUACGGAGAGAGGCAGAUCGUCCUGGACGAGGACUUCUAA